AUGUUCUUCGGCAUCGCCGGGUGCAUGGAGAGCCGGUGGAUAAUGCUCCCAGAGGUCAUGGCAACAGUCACGGCUGGCCUGGGCUGUUUGCUGGGUCGCUGUGCUCGUGCGAUGCAGGCUAGCCAAUGCCUUUCAGCAUGGUCGAACCCUCUGAAAUCGCCCUCGAGGCUCGCAUGCGUCACAGUGAUUCUCUUUUGCUCUGCCAGUCUUCACUUCAACAUGUUUGCUGUCGCAUACCACUUGGCGACUGUUUGUAUACUGAUAUUGUGGGCCGUGGUGAACCCGUAUGCAGCCCACGCGCGGCAGCGGCAGGACUGUUUUCCGUGCGCUGCCGGGUUGCUGAGAAUGAUCCUUUUUGUAGCGAGCGCCGCACACGUCAUUGUGGCAGCUCUGCUGACCGUCAGCGUGCCGGUACUGCCAUUUGAAGUCCCCGAGCGGGUGUCAAGACUGCUUGGCCUGGAGGUGACACCGUUGAUGGCGCUACAGCAGAUGGCGAGCUUCCUCCUUCUGGAAUUGAUUUUGUGGCCUUCCUUUCCGAGUCAUGAGGCCGCUGCGACGAAGAAAUCGCUCCAGGUUCCUCGAGGAGUUUCCGAGGAGCUGCGGCGAAUGGAGGCGCCAUCACCCUCAGCCAAUGGUAAAGAGACCUCCCCAGCCUGCGAUGACCGGACGCCGACAGCGGAAGCCACACCCGCCGUGUCCACAAGCAGCUGCGAGGUCACAAUGCAGGAGGACUCCAUAAACUGGUCGGCCUUACUUCUGAACAAGGUUAGUGUGGCAAGUGGGAGCACUUUCGUUCUGCUGGUGUCCAUGUUGGCAUUGCCAUCGGUGUGGCCUUCGCUUGCAACCCUACCGCUUGUGUUGGGAGCAAUGGUCGUGCUUCAUGUUCCCAUGCAAUAUUUUCCGCUCGGAGUUUUUCAGUGCAUAUUCCUCUACGAGCUGCUCUGUAGCCUUGUUUGGUAUUGUUACAACAUUUUCUGCCAUGUCGAAGACCUUCCACUUUCCAACGUACCGAACUCCUUCACUUGGAUGGAGCGAGCUGGACUUCAGUGUUACUUGCGCGAAGGGCCACUUCGGCCGUCGCUACGACGUUACUUCUUCGCUUUGGGGCAGGGCGUGGCCCUGCUGUUCGGAGCAGCCUUCGUGAGGAGCAGGGCUUUGCAGGCGCUUGGCGCCAGGAGUCAAGCGGACUCCCGCAGGUCUGAAGGCACUGAGGCUGAGGGCCCGGCUGAGGGCCCGGCCGACCGACGAGCACCUGCAUUUGCAGGACGCUUUGUGUCCACGUGGGUGCGCAAGGGUGUCGCGCUUCUCCGACCCAUCACCGCGGCGUUUGUCGCCAUAGUGACUCUAGGACAAGAGCCAGCAAACUUACUUGGCGUGGCCUACUUGCUUUGGCUUUUGUGCUUGGUGGCCAGUGGCGCCAUGGCUUCGUAUGUCAGUGCAGGUUGGGAUGCGCUACGGGCGAGCAGUGCUGUGUGGCGCAGCGUGCUCGUGCUCAGCAACGUGAUUGUUCUGGCGCUGUUUUACUGCCAAGUAAUGGAGUCCCACAACUACGACAGCUUUCUCGGCCUUCAGCGGUCCAAGCAGACCGUUCUUGAGGUAACCUGGGCCCAUCUGGUUGUCGGUGUGCUGGCGGCUAUACAAGCACAGGCAUUGUCUAUGAAGAUACAGAUUCCGUCCAUGUACGUGAACUCCAACUCUGCUUUGGCCUUGUUCCUCUGGAUCGGUGGCAUCUUCAUCGAGAUGGGCAUCAUGUUGAAUCUGGUGAUGAUCCAGCCAUUUACCGUGGAUUCCUGCCUUAUCCUUCUGCUUUGUCUAGGCAUUGUUGCUGUGGAGCAAUUCGACGGAUCAGUGCGCAUGCGGAAUUGGCUACUGACUGCCACAGCAUAUACCUGUGCAAUCAUCUUGAUGGUUCGCUACGCACUUCUGAUCCCAGUCGUACAGGAAUGGAUUAGCGGUCCACGCUCACCACUGCCAGAGGACCAGUUCAUCCUGAUAUGGAAGGGUUUCGCUCUUGCCGACACGAGACUCGAGGUUCGUGUCAAGCUGGGAUACUUGGCAACGUUGGUGCCAUUGUCAAGUGGCUUGCGCCGUGUCUUUCGCUUCGGAUCCGAAGCGAGCCUCAUUGGGGCACGCAGCCAGGUGUUUUUGCCCAAGAACACAGUCUUGAUGACGGUGCUCCUGGAGGCCGCUCGGUGGUCUACCGUCGUGCUGAUUUUUGCUUGCUACUUCAUCAUGCCGCGUCACAACGCCACAUCCCACAUGCAGCUCGCCGUUCUAGUUCUGCUGCUGCUGAGUGGUCGAGGCUGGGAUUAUGCAGGCGGCUUCAUAUCCUUGACAUCCUCGGUCUUGCUUUUGGUCCAAUACGUGUACACCUUCAAGCUGAUCACAUUUCCAGAUCAGGAGGUGGAGUCGUACUGGGGACUGCACAACCAGGGCUACAUGGCCGAGAUGGCCUUGUUGUUGAUCGGCAUUAUUCAGAGGACAGUCAAGCGAGCGGCAUUGCAUUGCGUGGCCAAUUCACCCGCUGCCAAAGAAAUGGAUCGUCAGGCCCUUCACGAACUGCAAAGCAUCGGGACAGCAUCCCGGCACCUGGCAGGCACGAAACCGAAGCCAGAGGCUGCGACAGGAGCGAAUUUCAUGCAUUUCGUGUUGGGCCCGCCGCUGGAGGGAGCUCAGAAAUCGUGUUGA